CCUCCCCUCCCCGCAGCGCCGGGACCAGCAGUGAGGACAAGCCCGGAUGCCCUAGCUCGGGAUGACUCGGCCGACAUCUCUGAGUGUUCAGUUGCCGCUGAAUAUGAUUUCAAGAACUGAUGUGGAGACAUCAACUUGUAAAAUGAAAGAACCAUUUACCUUCGAGAAAAAUGAAAGCAAGCUUCCACCACAUGACUCUUUGAGAAGUCCUGGAAGAUACCCUAGCCACCCUAACUUCAGGUUGAAAAGCCCUGAGAAUGGAAGCAAAAAGAACAAUUUUUUGCUUUGUGAACAAACCAAACAAUAUUUGGCUAGUCAGGAAGACAACUCAGUGUCUUCCCACCCUAAUGGCAUUAGUGGAGAAGUGGUUAGAGCCAAAGGAGACCCGCAGACAGUGCCAACAGGAAACUCACUGUCACCAUUGAAAGUUGGAAAUAAUUCAUCACCCAAAGAAAUAAAUAGUAAGCCUAGCAAUAAUGUGCCUCCUGCAAAAUCAAAAAAUAUAUACAAGUUGGUUGAGAAUUCGCUGUCCAUAAAUAAUCCAGCACUCUUCAAUUCCUUGGGACCUCCUAUUCGGUCAACAACUUGCCAUCGCUGUGGCCUGUUUGGUUCCCUGAGAUGCUCGCAGUGCAAGCAGACGUACUACUGCUCGGUAGCCUGCCAGCGGAGAGACUGGUCUGCACACAGCAUUGUGUGCAAGCCUGUUCAGCCAAGUCUCAACAAAGUUGAAGAUAAUAAAUCACCUUUUGAAGAGAACAUGGAAGUGAAAAACAAGACUGACUACCCACUUGGAGUUACUAAGGAAGUAGCUGUUUGUGCUGAUAAAAUAAUGUUUUCUGAUUUGAAAAGCCUACAACUCAGGAAAACCAUGGAAAUAAAGGGCACUGUUACUGAAUUCAAACACCCAGGUCACUUUUACGUGCAGUUGUAUUCUUCAGAAAUUUUAGAAUACAUGAACCAGCUGUCUGUGAGCCUAAAGGAAACCUAUGCAAAUGUGGCCCAUGAAGAGGACUAUAUUCCUGUCAAGGGAGAAAUUUGUGUUGCCAAGUACACUGUUGACCAGACCUGGAACAGAGUAAUAAUACAAGAUAUUGAUAUGCUGCAGAAGAAGGUACAAGUCUUAUAUAUUGAUUAUGGGAAUGAAGAAAUGAUUCCAAUAAACAGAAUUCACCAACUAAACAGAAGCAUUGACUUGCUUCCUCCUUGUGCUAUAAAGUGCUUUCUAGCCAGUGUUAUCCCAGCAGAGGGGAAUUGGAGCAAUGAUUGUAUAAAAACUGUGAAAUCGCUGUUAAUGGAGCAGUACUGCUCUUUGAAGAUAGUUGACAUAUUAGAGGAGGAAGUGGUUACUUGUGCUGUUGAUAUUAUACUGCCGAGUUCAGGAAAACCCUUAGACCAUGUGCUUGUAGAAAUGGGAUAUGGCCUGCAAUCAAAGGAACAAAAUUCUAAGCAGCAAAGUGCAGAUGAAAGCGACCCUGAAGGGGUUCGAAAAAUGACAGCUGAAAACAAAGUUGUUAUCGACAGAAGUGACCUGAUCCCCAAGGUGUUAGCCUUGGAUGUAGGGGAUGAGUUCUGUGGGGUAGUGGCGCAUGUUCAGACCCCAGAAGACUUCUUUUGCCAACAACUACAAAGUGGACAUAAACUCGCAGAACUUCAGACAUCCCUCAGCGAGUACUGCCGUCAGGUGUCUCCACGCACCGAUUUUUACCCAACCAUUGGUGACAUCUGUUGUGCUCAGUUCUCAGAGGACUAUCAGUGGUACCGGGCCUCCGUGUUGGCUUAUGCUUCCGAAGACUCUGUGCUGGUCGGAUAUGUGGACUAUGGAAAUUUUGAAAUUGUCAGUCUAACGAGACUUUGUCCCAUAACCCCAAAGUUGCUGGAAUUGCCAAUGCAAGCUAUAAAGUGUGUGUUGGCAGGAGUAAAGCCAUCAUUAGGAAUUUGGACUCCAGAAGCUAUUUGCCUGAUGAAAAAAAUUGUACAGAACAAAAUGAUCACAGUUAAAGUGGCUGAAAAAUUGGAAAACAGCUCUGUGGUGGAGCUCAUAGACAAGUCAGUGACGCCUAACAUCAGUGUUACGCAAGUCCUCAUAGACGCAGGCUUUGCCGUGGGGGAGCCGGGCGCAGUGACAGAGAAAGCCAGCGACGUGAAGGAGGCCGGUGUUCCCUUGGGUGUUGAAACAAACGUUAAUCCAUUGGAGUGGACGUGGGUUGAACUUGCAGUUGACCAAACAGUGGACGUUGUGGUCUGUGUGCUGUACAGUCCUGGGGAAUUCUACUGCCACGUGCUCAGAGAGGACGUGUUAGAGAAACUCAACGAUUUGAAUAAAUCACUAACAGAAUUUUGCCAGCAGAAGUUGCUUGAUGAUUUUAAGGCAGAAGUGGGACAACCUUGUUGUGCCUUUUUUGCCGGUGAUGGUAAUUGGUACCGUGCUUUAGUCAAAGAAAUCUUACCAAAUGGAAGCGCUAAAGUACAUUUUGUGGAUUAUGGAAAUACUGAGGAAGUUACUGUGGGAGAACUCCAGAUGAUCUCAUCAAAUUUUUUAAAUCUUCCAUUUCAAGGAAUACAAUGCUGGUUAGUAGAUGUCCAGCCUGGAAAUGAACACUGGUCUAAGGAAGCCAUUGCAAGAUUUCAGACGUGUGUUGCAGGCAUCAAACUCCAGGCACGGGUGGUUGAAAUCGCUAAAAAUGGAGUGGGAAUUGAACUCACCGAUCUUUCCACUGCUUAUCCCAGAAUAAUUAGUGAUAUUCUCAUUGAUGAACAACUGGCUUUAAAACCUAGUUCACCACAAAAAGACUUGCCAAAUAACAGACCUUUUUAUAAACAAGAUCUUCAAAUUGACACCCCAAGGCUCCAAGUCCUCUCCUCAGCUGGUCAGUGGAAAACAAUAGAAUUUCCCAUUAAUAAAAAGAUACAAGCGAACAUAUUAGAAAUCAUAAAUCCACACUUGUUUUAUGCCCUCCCAAGUGAUACGCAAGGCUAUCAAGAAAAACUGUAUGUAUUGACAGCUGAAUUGUUAGAAUAUUGCAAUGCUCAGAAAAGCCCAUCAUCCUACAAACCAAGAAUUGGAGAUGCCUGCUGUGCCAAAUAUACAAACGAUGGCUUCUGGUACCGGGCCAUUGUCCUGGGGACAUCAGAGACCAACGUAAAGGUCCUCUAUGCCGACUAUGGAAACACUGAAAUCCUGCCUCUGUCCAGAGUGCAGCCCAUCUCCUCUGGCCACCUGGAACUUCCUUUCCAGAUCAUUAAGUGUUCGCUCGAAGGUCUAAUGGAAUUGAAUGGAAGCUGUUCACAAUUAAUAAUUGAGCUACUAAAAAAUUUCAUGUUGAAUCAGACUGUAAUGCUUUCAGUAAAAGGAAUUAUUAAGAAUGUCCAUAUGGUGUCAGUUGAGAAGUGUUCUGACAAUGGUACUGUCAACAUAGGGGAUAAGUUGGUGAUGUAUGGUCUGGCAAAAAAUACUGCAUCAGAAAAACAAAGUGUUUUAAAUAAAGAGAAGACACAUGGCUUGGAUUGCUGCUGCUCGGAGUUACGGAAGCAGGUUGAAAAGCACGAACAGAUUCUCCUCUUCCUCUUAAACAAUCCAACCAACCAGAAUAAAUUUAUUGAAAUGAAAAAUUUGUUGAAAAGUUAAAAACAGUUUCUCCUGGAAAUAGACACUUGUGACAGCCAAAACUGGACUCUCCGGGAGAGAAAGCACCGCACCUGUGUUUCCUGGAACCUGCUGUCUGCCUUUUCCUUCGUGACCUUUUCCAUGCCUCCACUUCUGUUUGCUCAUGACUCUUCUAUUGGGUUGGGAAGUUUUAUCUUUGUUCUCUUAAGGUUUUCCUCCCAUGUAAAUCUUGCGUUAAAGAUUCAUGCCAAAUUCCUGGGAAGUAGGAAGGAUGCAUAGGGGGCCUUGUACUGUGUAUGUAACUUUAUUGCACCAAGUUACUGAAGAAGAUAGGCUUCACGUUCGUCCCAGGCUAGUUGCUAGAUACUUGCUUCUGUAACUUGUGUGACUUUUCUGUAGGUGUGAAAUAUUUCAUAAUAAAGUAAGCCCUGCUCUUCCUGUCAUCCCCCGACUCUUCCACACAA